AUGCGAUCUGAUGAUAUAGUAGGUGAUGAUCAAGGACAAGGUGAUGAGGGUGAGUUUGGCAAUGAUGCGGGAUUGGGGGAUGGUGAAAGAAUCGGUGAUAGAGGUGAAGAUUUUAAAGAAGAAUUGUUUCACUACGCAUUGGAUAAUAACUUCAACGUGAAGUACUCGAAGUGUGAAAGCACAAGAUAUUCAGUGCAUUGCGCAGAAACAGAUUGUUCAUGGAGAAUCUAUUGUUCUGUGCAUACUGCUUCGAACAAGUGGAUGAUCAAGAUAUUCCAUGAUAACCACAACCACCCGAAGAGGAGUCAUAUUGAGUUGUUGACUUCAACACGUAUAGCGCAACUUUUCGCAGAAGAUCUCAGGAGAAAGCCAUCUUUUUCAGCUAAAGAAAUACAAGAUCAGGUUAUGGGGCGGCACCAGGUGAUAGUCUCUCGUGUUCAGUGCUUCAAAGCUCGCAGAAUUGCUUUAAGGACACUGGUUCAAGAUCAGGGGGCUCAAUUCGCUAAGUUAUUGGAUUAUGAGGCAGAACUUCAUAGAUCUAAUCCGAACACAACCAUUGAAGUUGCUAACAGUGGUUUUCAUGAAGGUGAAUUUGGUGAACACAUGGACGGGUUGAAACGUUUUAAUUCAGCAGCAUACGAGGCAUUGAUUGCUACUAAUCUGAAGCAUUGGUCUCGAGAAUUCUUCCAGGAAGCGGCAAAAUGUGGAGAUAUUAACAACAACUUAAACGAGAGUUUCAACAGUCCAAUCAAAGAUGCUCGACUUCGUCCAGUAGUAGACAUGCUUGAGGAUAUUCGGAGAAAAACCAUGGGACGGAUUGCAAAAAGGUUGAGAGAUGCUAAUAAAUGUGUAACACAGUUUACUCCUCAUGCCAUGGAGGAAUUAGAGAAAUCUCGGAAGAAAAGUGGGUAUUGCAUGGUUAUUCCCAGCGGACAUGGGAAAUACGAGGUUAUGAAUCUCGGUACAAGUUAUUCCAUCGACCUUAGCAUGAAAAGUUGUGCAUGUCGAGAAUGGGAUGUAACCGGGAUCCCAUGUUGUCAUGCUUUAUCUGUCAUCAAUAAAAAACGAGAGAGUUUAUCGGCGUAA